AUGGUACGUGAGGAGGAGGAGAUCGAGGAGGAGGUGAGACAUCAUGAGGAUGAUAUACUUAAUGCUGACCCUCAGAGCGAGGAGGAUGAUGCGGAGGAGGGCUACUCGGGAGGACUUACAGACACUUUCGUGCUGAUUUACUAUCACGACCACGUCGCUCGACAUGUUUGGGAGGGAGAGGAACGACCGACCAUAAAAUCUGUGAACCAUGCGCGGAAGAUAUUUUCUCUGUUUAAACCACAAGCUCGGUGGUUUAAUGACGUGGUAGCUGGGAGGGGGCUUGGAGGGUUAUGCAUGACCGGACAUAGUAGCAUCAUCCACGACAUGCAGGGGGAUUUUGUUGAGCGGUGGAACAAGGAGACGUCUUCUUUCCACCUUCCUGUUGGGAAGUUGACGAUCACCUUACACGAAGUGGCCUGUCUGCUCCACCUACCGAUCUGA